AUGAAUCUCGAAUCCCUUGAUGAAGAUUCCGAUGUUGUCACCAUAAGUUCUAGUUCCAAUGAACCGUACCUGAACCGUGGUUAUAACGGAAGUAAAUCAGAUAUUCAUUUAUCCGAUGUAAAUGAAACAAGUUCGGAAAAUGGACAUGUUGCCGUGCCUAUUUUCAAUGCUCUUCAUGAGACAUCUAUAUCAGCACCUCACCACGAACAACAACAAACUCGACUAUCCCAAACCAAUUUGGGACCAUAUGAACAGCAAGAAUCGUUGGUAGAUCCGAAUAGUGAUCGUGUUACCACCGUCUUGGUUUGGCAAAAUCUUGUCGUCUCAGCAAAAGAAGAUGAUAAAAAUCGUUUUCUCCAGUCGCUUAAGGGUUAUAAAAACUAUGUACCCAAAAAAAAACAGUUAUUAGUAAAUGUUAGCGGCGCUAUCACGGGAGGUCUUUGGGCCGUUAUGGGUCCAUCUGGUAGUGGAAAAUCGACAUUGUUAAACACAUUGGCCUGUCGUUUGGAUGUGAAUACAACCUAUACGGGUGAAAUGCGAUUGAACGGUGCUGCGUAUGAUAAUGCCGAAUUAAAGCGCAUUGCUGGCUACGUUAUGCAAGAUGAUAUGUUAAACGGGCAUCUGACUGUUGAAGAAACAUUGAAUUAUACCGCUGAAUUACGUUUACCACGUCAUGUCACUCGUGAACAACGUAACGAUCGUGUGAGAGAUGUAAUGAAUGAUAUGGGAUUGGUACAUGUGAAAAAUGUUAUUAUUGGCACACCACUAAAAAAGGGUAUAUCGGGUGGAGAACGGAAACGUUUAUGUGUUGGUAUGCAGUUAUUAUCGCGUCCACAGCUGCUGUUUUUGGAUGAACCAACAUCAGGUCUCGAUAGUGUUACGGCUCUCGAUCUUCUAGGAACACUCCAUGAUCUUGCUCAUGGUAAAUCACAAGAAAAAGCCGUUACAGUCGUUUGUUCAAUUCAUCAACCUCAAUCCAAAAUCUUUGAUUUAUUUGACUCAGUCAUUUUGCUGAAACAGGGCAAUAUUCUCUAUCAAGGCCCAAGAGAACAAGCCAUGGAGGUGUUUAAACAAGCUGGUUACCCGUGUCCCUUGUAUACAAAUCCCGCUGAUCAUUUACUCGAUGUUGUUACACCACCAAGAGACGGUGCAUCAGAUACUUCAGAAAAGCAAGCAUUAAUUGAUUCACAAAUACUACAAGCACAAACACCAAUCCAAGUUGACUUAAAUUUGGGUGCCGACAAACGUCUCUUAUAUUUCAAUGUCCCCAAGGGUCCUCCAUGGUUUACACAGGUGCGAAUUCUUUUGCGUCGAACACUUCAGGAGCAAUUUCGAAAACGUGACAUUCUUAUUGCCUCUUUAGUUCAAACAGUCAUCAUGGCUGUUCUCAUUGGUACUGUAUUUCUGAAAAUUGGCAUAGGACAAAGGAGUGUUAUUCGACGUCAACCAGUGUUGUUCUUUUGUUCUGUUAAUCAAGGUGUAUUUGGUGCGUUGACCGUUAUUAACACAUUUCCCGUUGAACGUGCACUAACACUUCGUGAACGUGCAUCUGGAACAUAUUUUGCAUCUGCUUAUUUCAUUGCAAAAAUUAUUGUUGAAACACUUGUUCAAUUACCUAUGCCAAUAAUAUUCUCGAUCGUGGUUUAUUUUCUUAUUGGACUUCAACCAACGGCUGGUAAAUUUUUUAUAUUCAUGUUAUUUAUGUUACUCUGUUCCAUGGCAUCGACAAGUUUAGCAUUGAUGAUUUCUGCCAUCUGUAAAACAACAGAUCUGAGUGUCACGGUUCUACCCAUGGCCUUGGAAGUGUCUCGUUUAUUUGGUGGUUUCUUUUUGGCACCAGCGAAUUUACCAAAAUAUUUUGCAUGGUUAGAUGCUUUGAGUUACGUCAAGUAUACGUACGUUGGUGUCAGUCUCAAUGAACUAUCAAACCUUCAUUUAACGUGUACCGCAGCUAACAUAGCCGCAGGUUCGUGUGUAAAAGUCGGAGAAACAACGAUUAAAACCCUCGGAUUUGAUUAUAUUCCACUCGGUGGUUGUAUUGGAGCUAUAUUAGCAUAUAUCAUCGUUUGUAGGGUAAUCGCUUUCUUAGGUGUGAGAUUUUUAAAAUCUUAA